GAGUUCGGCAGCUCAGGUCGCCAAGGCAACAGCUCGGCUGCGGGUUGCGGGCGCCAGGCGGCCCCCGGGAGGCGCCGAGCGCCGGCGCGGCGAGAAGGCGAGGCGGUGAGACGGCAGAAUUUCCACAUUGAUGAGUCAAGAGUGGAAAAUUUGAAGAGAUGCAAGCAGAAAGAAGAAAUUAAACCAGGCCUGAGAGCAAUGCGACGGGCAUGAUGGAGGUCGAGUCCUCCUACUCGGACUUCAUCUCCUGUGACCGGACGGGCCGUCGGAACGCAGUCCCUGACAUCCAGGGUGACUCGGAGGCCGUGAGUGUGCGGAAGCUGGCUGGAGACAUGGGCGAGCUGGCCCUCGAGGGGGCAGAAGGACAGGCAGAGGCAAGCACCACGAGCAAAGAAGCCAGCAGCCAGCCCGAGAGCAGCAGUGGGACAACCUCAUCUUGAGUCUGACCUUGUCCUGGAGGCCGGAAGAGAGACCUGUUGCCCCCGCCCCAGAAUGGGAACCCAGGCACAAGCCCAGCAGCGUCUUUUCUGAACCCAUGUGUGAGAGGCCUCUGUGGCCCCUAAUCUGGGAAGUCCUCUGCCCACACCCACAAGCUCCACGUUCCCACUACCGUCUCUCCGCGCCCAGGUACACUUUGAAGACACUGUAAGCACGGGAUGUUAUUUAUUCAGCUGGCGCAGGGCUCAGGCUGGGCCCUGCCUACCAGGCGAGCACCCACAGGGGAUACUCCUCUUGUGGGCCACCUGCACAGGGACCGCGUCCCAGCACGGCCCCUCCUUUCCCAUCCCCAGCCUUCCAGGUCAAGACCUUCUCACCCCUUUUUUAAAAAAAACACUUUUAAACUUUUUAAAAACUUUAAACCUUUUUUCAGCAGAGAGGGAGGGCGCUGAUAAUUCACUUUUUGUUUUUUUAGGAAAGCCAUUUUAAGCUCAACUCUGACCAUCUAUGCAGCUCUGAGGUUCCCUCAUGGAGCUUCACAGACCCAUUGGUAGGGAAGAAUUUGGGCUGAAAACUAACCGUGAUUUUUUGCCCUUUUUACCAAGAUAAGUGACUUAGGCCCCAGGAAAUAAAUGCUGAUGAUUUGUGUGA